CCUCUCUGCUGUGAUUCAUUCUGAAAGCACUUUUCCUUUUUCGUUUUCGCUUUUUCUCACAAGGCAAAUUCUGCAUAUUCUGUAUCUUUUUCCCUUUAGUCUUCAAAUUCUAUAGUUUAUUGUUUGCUAGAAUUGAAAACUGAAUCUGCAUGAUGAAUUAGCUCACCACUUUCAAACAGACUCAUUCCGUUUUCAAUUGCCUAACAUGAUUUUCAUGUAUCUAUUGCCGUGUUUCCUUUCAUCUCCAAUGUGUUUUUCCAUUUCCAAACGUGGUUUUAACUAGUCAAGGUUAUAGCUUUUUGUGUCUUCCAAAACACAUUUUUGUCAAUUGAUAUUGAUGGUGUGAGAAACUGUGAUGAUUUGUUCGUUUGUGAAGAACCAAAAUACUCUUGAGUUCUGCGUAUCUUUGUUGAUGGAACAGCCUAAAGGGGAUUCUGAAACCAGUUCGGGAUACCAGAUAAUGGUAGAACUAUUCGCUGGUAAGGAUCUUGUUGGUACAAAAUUAAUAGGCAAUCCAGAUCCUUAUGCUGUCAUCACGUGUGGCGAUGACGAAAACAGAUUCAGUUCCAUAAUCCGUGGUUCAAGAAAUCCAGUGUGGGGGGAGGAUUUCAAUUUUUAUGUUCAUGAACUUCCCGUCCAGAUCAAUGUAGCAAUUUAUGACUGGAAAAGCUAUUCUGUAAGUGUCCCUCUUGGUUCAGUGACUGUUCCAGUUGAAAGUGAAGGUUCAACUGGUGCAUGGUGGCAUACUUUGGGAAGUCCAUCAGGGCAGAUUACUUUUCGAAUAAAAACACAAGCUUCUGGAAAUGGUUCCAGGAUAAAUGGUUAUGGAGGAGGUAACCCUCAAACAAGGAUGCCACCCCUGGAAACACAUGGGCUCACUGUUGUCCAUCAAAAGCCUGGGCCUCUUCAAACUAUAUUUGGUCUUCAUCCGAACGAGGUUGUUGAUCAUGAACAUACUUGUGCACUAGAUACAUUAUUCUUGUACCACGGUCGUAUGUAUAUCUCAGCAAGGCACAUUUGUUUCUAUUCCACUGUAUUUAAAAUGAAGGUGGUUAUUCCAUUUGAAGAUAUAGGCAAGAUUCAAACGAGUGAACAUUUCCUGAUCAAUCCUGCGAUAGCAAUUGUUCUUCGCCCGGGAGCUGGUGGACGUGGUGUCCCUCCUUUAAAAAGUCGUGAUGAUGAUGAUGGUGGCCUUUGUCAUAAUGUUUCAGCUGCCACGUAUAUGUUUGCAUCAUUUGGGGACAGGGAUCGUGUGCUAAAGGAUCUACAGCGUGCACAAAAGAACUUCAAUGAAAUCUUGGAAGUUGAAAAGGAAAAUGCAGUUCCAGAGCUGUGUGCACAUAGCAGUUCUGUCAGAGGAAGUAAGAUACUGGAUAAGGCUCCUGUGGUAAAGCAUGCCAAAAACGCGGAAAGCUUCAACCUAUUAUCCAAGGAAGUUAUUCCUGGGGUAGCUGAGCUGUUUUCUAACUUGUUCAUUGAUGGUCCAAAUUUCACUGGAAAGAAUAAUUGAGCACGCUAAUAUUGUGGUGUUUGAGAAAGUGCAACAGGCCACAUGACCUGGAUCCUACUCUGAGGUGGGGAAUGCUUUAGAUAUCUUAUCUGGAUAUUCAGCCGUUUUUUUUUCUCUUUUAAUAUGUUUGUGUUCCUGUAAGCUGAUUUGAAUCACUGCAUAUCUAUGAUUUUUAUUAUUCAUUAGUUUAAUAGAGUCACAGAUGAUAUGUGCAGUCAAAAAACUCCUAUUGCUUAUGGUUGAAUGAAUAUGAUUCAUUGUCAUUGAA